AUGGCAGAAGACCAGACACCCUUGGCGAUAUUCCGCACUCCUUACACCCUAGAAGAUGCUCUAUCCCCAUCAACCCCUCCCACGAUGAUCCCCAACGGACCAUUAUCAUUAUCAUCAUCUUCAUCGUCAUCUUCUUCUUCCUCUUCUUCUUUAUUCUAUAAAACCGAUGAUCACCCAUUCAACAAAAGAGGUUUCAAAUACAAACCAUGCCGUCCCAACCCUCUAUUCCCCAAAUUGCUCUAUUCCACUUCCGAUCUCCCGCCUUAUAAUGCCAGAAUAUCCUAUUUUGAUCGGUCUCAGGGCACAAUAGUCAAUCAGAAAAUGGAUACCGUAACCACCACCGAAGGCUGGAGAAGUGUCAGAAGUACUGUCCCCAUCGCGGAGGGCAAAUGGUAUUUUGAAUUCGAAAUCAUAAAGGGAAUUGAUAGGGAAUUGCCUGACAAUCGCUGCCAUGUCAGAUUAGGGAUUGCCAGAAGAGAAGCAUCAUUAGAGGCUCCCAUUGGUUACGAUGCUUAUGGUUACGGAUUGCGAGACGUCAAAGGUCAAAAAAUCCAUUUAUCAAGACCAGUGAACUUCUGCCACGACGAGAAAAACGACGAUCAAUCAUUGGUAACUGGGGAUGUCAUUGGAAUGUUAGUGGAAUUACCAUCGUUGACAAUACAACGAGACAUUGUUCAUCAACAAAUCCUUCAUAAAACCCCUGGUGAACCUACUGAUGCCACAAGUUAUUAUGAUAAUAAUGAAACAGGAUCAUUAUCUAACGCCAAUAGUAAAAAACGCAAAAAGAGAAAACUUGAUGAUGAACGUCAUCAAAUCACCAAACUAGAUGAUGGCCACCAACAGCAAAUCACCCGCGAUCAAAUCCCAAUUCGGUACAAGAACCAGCUCUAUUAUGAACAGUUCGAAUACAUCCCCACCGCCCCGUUCGAGCAUCUACUAAACCCAGUAACGGUAUUUGGUGAGCGGGCCAUUCGAGAUUCCAAACCUUUCCGGCCAGCGACUUUACCAGGCCUGAAAUUAACUGUUUUCAAAAACGGGACCUCAAUGGGAGUAGCCUUCCAUGAUCUUUAUGCAUUUUUACCUCCAUCAUCAAAACUAAGUAAAGCACAAUCAAGAGAUAAACAGUACAAAGAUGAUGGCAAACUAGGAUACUUCCCAAUGAUGAGUGUUUUCAAAGGUGGAGAAGUGAAAUUGAAUCCUGGUCCUCAUUGGAAUGGUGUCAAUCAGGACUUGAAACGCCGGCUAGAAAAUGGCGAUAUCAAGGGAUAUUAUCAAAGAUACCAUGAAAUAAUUUCCGAAGACAUUGUGUUUGAUAUUAUCGAUGAAGUGGAAUGUGAGCUUUUUGAGGAAAAGGUACGGUGA